AUGUUCCGGUUGUUGUUCUGGCGCCGGAACUUCCAAAACUGCGACAAGAAGCUCAGGGAGCAGGGCGCCGAUUCUCUGACGAUGGAGGAUCUUACGAUGCUUAAGCAGGGUCUGGACCGCUUGGCAUAUAUUAAAUUCGAAGAAGACGCACUCGAAUGGGUCGACAAGACCGGAAUCUUGUCGGCCCUGCGUCUUCUUACGAAUCGGGCUAACUUCGAUGACGAUACCGUGGAGAUGGCUACCACCCUUCGGCAGCGCUGGAUGGAGAAGAACUUCAAUCCUGGUCCGAUUUCUUCGAAGGAAGAAGAAAGUGCCUCUGAGUCCGAGUCGGAAGCCGAGAACAUCCAGCCGGUGAGUUUCGGGGCAUUUUCGCAGUCCCUAAUGCACGGUAUCUUGCGAUACCGUAAUGCCCGCGGCCACAUGACGAUGAAGCUCGACCCGAGAGGUCUCAAGAGAAGGGCAGAUGUCUUCGGACACAAUGGCCUCACCGUGGGAGACUGGUGGCCAUAUCAGCUCUGUGCUCUCCGAGAUGGCGCACAUGGUUCGAAACAGGGCGGGAUUGCUGGACGAGCUCAUUCCGGGGCCUUCUCAAUCGUUGUUUCUGCGGAGUCGGAGUACGGAAAUGAGGACUCCGGCGAUCGACUAUCGUACCUCGGCACGCAGCAUAUUGGCCCCGAGGGAACAACCAUGUUGACGAACGCGACCAAGUCGCUCAUCAUGUCGAUUCGCACCGGCAACCCCGUCAGGGUCAUCCGCCGUGGUCCCAGCCCGACGAGUCGAAUCUAUCCCUCGUGCGGCUUUAGAUAUGAUGGACUGUACACUGUCACUGCUCGUACUCCUGUUCGCGCCAGGAGGGAUUCACCAGGAGAGCAUGACUUUUACAAGUUCACGCUUGUCCGCAACGCCGGCCAGCCGCCCCUCAGUAACGCGAGAAAUCGACCAACUCCCGCUGAGUACACGGCCUACCACAGACUCACCAACAGUGCCUGA